CAGACAGUUGGCGACUUCUGCACACUGUGUGCUUCAGCAUGCGCUGACCCUGCUCUGUCAUUGUACGUGGCCUACCACUUCGUGGCUGAGUUGCUGAAUGUUCACAUUUGCUUCCACUAUGUUAUACCACUAACAGUUGACUGUGGAAUAUUUAAUAGCAAGGAAAUGUCAUGGAUGGACUUACUGCACAGGUAGCAACCUAUCACGGUACCACGCUAGAAUUCACUGAGCUCCUGAGAGCGAUCCAUUCUUUCACAAAUGUUUUUAGAAGCAGUCUGAAUGCCUAGGUGCUUAGGAUGUGUCCCCCGUAUGGACUGGAGUAAGACUGGGAUGCCAUUAAAGUUCAUGUACGUGUAAAGCCAUGCGUCCCAAUACUUUUGGCAAUGUAGUGUACAUUUUUUUUUUUUUU